GUGGAACCUGGCUCUACAUGUGCUGUCUUUGGUUUAGGAGGAGUUGGGCUGGCAGUUAUAAUGGGCUGUAAGAUAGCAGGAGCGUCCCGGAUCAUUGGCAUUGAUCUUAACAAGGAUAAGUAUGCCAAAGCCAGAGAGUUUGGAGCUACUGAGUGCAUCAGCCCUCAUGACUUCAAGAAGCCCAUACAGGAGGUGCUGGUUGAGAUGACCGAUGGUGGUGUAGAUUACUCGUUCGAGUGCAUUGGAAAUGUUGGAGUCAUGAGGGCUGCCUUGGAAGCCUGCCACAAAGGCUGGGGAGUCAGCGUGAUAGUUGGAGUAGCUGCGGCUGGUCAGGAGAUCUCCACCCGGCCAUUCCAGCUUGUAACUGGGCGGACAUGGAAAGGGACCGCCUUUGGAGGCUGGAAUAGCGGAGACAACGUACCAAAACUGGUGACUGACUACAUGUCCAAAAAGAUCAAGGUUGAUGAAUUUGUGACUCACACCCUGCCUUUUGACAAAAUUAAUGAGGCUUUUGAACUGAUGCAUACAGGAAAGAGCAUUCGAACCGUCCUAAAGCUUUAGAGCCAAAUGCAAACUUUCCAGUUGGCCAGCAACAUGGUAACUGUCCUUUUGUAAUGGGAUUUCUAAUAGAAAGUAGAAUCAAGAAAACAAAAACUCACUGGGACUAAGACGACGGAUGUAUUUUAGGGUGAGCAUUCUGAGUAUUAAGUAACAAAAAACUGGCAACAACUGAAUAGCACUACGUAAUUAGUGCUGGUUGUGAAACCUCUAUUUCUGCACUUGUUCUCCACAUUCAAUAGUGCCUAACUCAAUCUACUUAAUAAAAGCUUAUUGCUAAA